CUCCGCUCCAACACGAGAUUCACUCCCUCCUUUCUCUUCUGUUCCCAUCCCAAACAUAAAUGUGACUCUUCACACCCAAAGCAAUGUCCCUUCCACGUUUACGGCCCACCGCCACCCGCCUCCGAUACAGCAUCAACACGCACCACCCCAGCUCCAUCAACACCACCACCAACACAUCCUACACAACCACCCACCGAUCCCCCUUCUCAACCUCCCACACCCACCAUGCCGCAGCCCGAGAGCCAACCUACUAUGAAAUCCUCGACGUCCCACCCACCGCCUCCCAAUCCGAGAUCAAAAAACAAUUCUACACCCUCUCCCUAAAACACCACCCGGACCGCAACCGCAACGACCCCAACGCCUCCACGCGCUUCGCCCGAAUCUCCAGCGCCUACAACAUCCUCAGUAACGCCUCCAAGCGCUCCAUCUACGACCGCGACCACAACAUCCACACGCACAGCUCCACCCACAGCACCGCAAACCCAGGCCAACAUCCAAUGGGUAGUUACAGUAGCUACAGCGCGAACCUACACACCAAGGGGGCGUCGUACGCGGGGUCAAGACCGGCGAGUGGGUUGAGUAAACGUCGGGGCGCGUUUCGGGGACCCCCGCCCAGCUUUUAUGCGCAUGGGGGGUAUGGGGCGAGUAGGAGGCCUGGGCAGGGUGCGGCGGGAGGAGGAGGAGAUGGAGGGGGAAGUGGUGGGGAGAAGGGGAAAGAGGAUGAUCCGACGUCGUUUAUUCAUCGGAAUACGGUGUACCAUUUCAAUGCCAGAGGGCAUUAUCGGACACAGACGAGGGAGGAUGAGAGGAGGCAGGAGCGGAAAUCGAAAGAGGCCGGCGCCUCGAUUAAUGAGAAGUAUAUUGGGAGUCCCGGAGCUUUGGCCAUGCGGUUCGCCGUGGUCUGCGGCAUCCUGAUGGGGGCCGGGGCUAUGACGGGGUUA